AUGGCCAGUCUGGCGGACCUGUUCGUGAACGACGCGUUCGGCACCGCGCAUCGCGCGCACUCCUCCACCGAGGGCGUGACCAAGUUCCUGAAGCCGAGCGUCUCGGGCUUCCUGCUGAAGAAGGAGCUGGACUACCUGAAGGGAGCCGUGGACAGCCCGGUGAAACCGAUGGCGGCCAUCGUGGGCGGCGCCAAGGUGAGCACGAAGAUCCCGGUGAUCGAGUCUAUGCUGGAGAAGGUGGACAAGGUGAUCAUCGGCGGAGGCAUGGUGUUCACCUUCCUGAAGGCACGCGGCCUCUCGGUCGGAAACUCCUUGGUGGAGGACGACCUCAUCCCAGUUGUGAAGAAGCUGGAGGAGCAGGCCAAGGCCAGGGGCGUCGAGAUCAUCCUCCCGAGCGACAUAGCAUGCGGCGACGAGUUCCCCGCGGGGGGCAAAGAGGUGAACUACAAGGUGGUGCCCGCAGAUGCGAUCCCAGACGGCUGGCUCGGCCUGGACAACGGCCCGAAGGCGACCGAGGAGAUCAAGGCUGCUCUGGCGGAUUGCAAGACGAUCAUCUGGAACGGCCCGAUGGGCGUGUUCGAGAGCCCGCAGUUCAGCAAGGGCACCUACGACGUGGCGGAGUGCAUCGCCGAGCUGACGGAGAAGAACGGCGCCAUCAGCAUCAUUGGUGGCGGUGACUCCGUGUCCGCGGUGAACAAGUCCGGCCUGGCGCCGAAGAUGUCGCACAUCUCCACCGGGGGCGGUGCCAGCCUGGAGCUGCUGGAAGGCAAGGUGCUGCCAGGUGUGGCUGCGCUGGACGAGAAGGAGAUGGCCGCCGCGGCGUUCUGCGGACAGCGCAAGGUCCCCAAGGCUUCCAGGACCAGCCUGCGGGCCAAGAAGUCCGUGGAGGACCUGGGCGAGGCGGACCUCAAGGGGAAGACGGUGCUGAUCCGGUGCGACCUCAACGUGCCCCUGAACGCGGACCUGGAGAUCACGGACGACACGCGCAUCACGGCCUCGAUCCCGACGAUCGAGUACCUCUGCAGCAAGGGCGCCAAAGUGCUGGCGUGCUCCCACCUUGGCCGUCCCAAGGACGGGCCCGAGGAGAAGUUCUCGCUGAAGCCAGUGGCGAAGAAGAUGGGGGAGCUGAUGAAGAAGGACAUCAAGUGCGCCCCGGACUGCAAGGCCACGGACGAGGUGAAGGGGAUGGUGUCGGCCAUGAGCGAGGGAGACGUUCUGAUCCUGGAGAACACUCGGUUCUACAAGGGAGAGACCAAGAACGAUCCUGAGUUGGCGGAGAGCAUGGCCAGCCUGGCGGACCUGUUCGUGAACGACGCGUUCGGCACCGCGCACCGCGCGCACUCCUCCACCGAGGGCGUGACCAAGUUCCUGAAGCCGAGCGUCUCGGGCUUCCUGCUGAAGAAGGAGCUGGACUACUUGAAGGGCGCCGUAGACAGCCCGGUGAAGCCGAUGGCGGCCAUUGUGGGCGGCGCCAAGGUGAGCACGAAGAUCCCGGUGAUCGAGUCUAUGCUGGAUAAGGUGGACAAGGUCAUCAUUGGCGGAGGCAUGGUGUUCACCUUCCUGAAGGCACGUGGUCUCUCGGUCGGGAACUCCCUCGUGGAGGACGACCUCAUCCCAGUUGUGAAGAAGCUGGAGGAGCAGGCCAAGGCCAAGGGCGUCGAGAUCAUCCUCCCGAGCGACAUAGCCUGCGGCGACGAGUUCCCCGCGGGGGGCAAAGAGGUGAACUACAAGGUGGUGCCCGCGGAUGAUAUCCCGGACGGCUGGCUCGGCCUGGACAACGGCCCGAAGGCGACCGAGGAGAUCAAGGCUGCUCUGGCGGAUUGCAAGACGAUUAUCUGGAACGGCCCGAUGGGCGUGUUCGAGAGCCCGCAGUUCAGCAAGGGCACCUACGACGUGGCCGAAUGCAUCGCCGAGCUAAGGAGAUGGCCGCCGCGGCGUUCUGCGGACAGCGCAAGGUCUCCAAGGCUUCCAGGACCAGCCUGCGGGCCAAGAAGUCCGUGGAGGACCUGGGCGAGGCGGACCUCAAGGGGAAGACGGUGCUGA